UUUCUGAAACAAAUUUAAAGGACUCAUUUUUAUGGUUGAAUGGAAUGCAUGUAUAUAUUCUUGGGUUUGAUCAAGAAGAAUUUUUUAGCUUUAUCACAAGUUUUUGAUAAUGCUAGCUAUUAUUUUUGACGGGUUUGUUUCUGUUGUUGAAGAUAUAAUUUGUUUCAUAGCUACUGAGACAACUUUGACUAGUGGUGGGAUUCGAACAAGCGUGAAGGCCUACAUUAAUGAGCAGCGACUCGCUUCUUUGGCUGUGAAUCAUGAGAACAAUGAGGGCAUCAAUACCCAUUUGGAUCCACUUGCAGAGGCCAUGACAGCAGCUUCAAGUAAUUCAUAUGGGCUCUGUGAUGGUAACAUGCCUUGCUUGCCAAUCUUGAGCUCUGCUACAAAGGCUUGUGAAUCAAACCGACUGCCCUUCACUGCGGGUACCGUUUUUGUGAAUGGACAACCUCUUAGUCCUGAGGAGCUGUUUAUACUACAAAAAUGCCCAAACCCACCAAAGAAGCCAAGACCAGGAAACUAUUGGUAUGAUAAAGAUUGUGGACUUUGGGGAAAGGAAGGACAGAAACCUUCAGAGGUAAUCUCUUCAAUGCUUUGUGUUGGGGGUUGCACAAAGAUGAAUGCUAGCAAUGGAAACACAGAAGUUUUCAUAAAUGGUCGGGAAAUAACCAAAGUAGAGCUUCUGAUGUUGCAGUUGGUGGGAGUUCAAUGUGCUGCUCAUGAUACACACUUUUGGGUGUAUAACGAUGGGCGGUACGAAUUGGUGGGCCAGAAUAGUAUAAAAGGAUCCAUAUGGGGCACAGCUGCAACAAAGCUUGUAUGUGCUGUCUUGUCACCGCCGGUUCCUUCUAAAUCUUCAAAUCCUGUCAUCCCUGAUAUAAUUGAGCAGAGAACUAGAAGUCAGAACAUUCUUUUAGUCGGAGAUCAUGAAUCUGUAGCAAGUACUAUAUUUAAACAGGCCAGGAUUCUAUAUAGAGCUAUCCCUUUCUCGGUUGAUGAACGUGAAAGUAUCAAGUCUACGAUACAGAGAAACAUCUAUGGUUAUCUUGGUAUACUCCUUGAGGUCCGUGAACGUUUUGAAGAAGAAUGUUUGGCUGAGAUGAGGAGACAAUGUUCUUCUUGUCGAGCAGUUUCCAGUGGUAUGAGGAACAAUGCCAAAACCCCUUACUCCAUUGGCCCAAAGCUGAAAGCAUUCUCUGAUUGGCUUCUUAUGACCAAGGCGUGAGGCUAUCUGGAAGCCAUCUUCCCAGCUGCUACCUCUGAAUUUGCACCAUUUGUGGAGGAGUUAUGGAAUGAUUCAGCCAUUCAGGCCACAUACAAGCGGUCAGGUGACUGGGUACUACCUAGAGCUGCUACUUAUUUCAUAAAGAGGGCUGUUCACAUAUUAAGAGUAAACUAUGAGCCCACAGAGCGAGACAUCCUAUAUGCUGAAGGUGACACUUCAGCUAAUGGGUUGGCUGGUGUGGACUUCUCAUUUCCCCAGUCAGAAUUUGGAUAUGAGAAUAAUACUACUGAUCAGCAUGACUCAUUGCUUAGGUACCAACUUAUUAGAGUCGGUGAAGGACUCGGAGAAAGCUGCCAAUGGUUGGAGACGUUUAGGGAUGCUGGACUGGUCAUCUUCUGUCUGUCCUUGAGUGACUAUGAUCAGUUUUCUGCUGAUGGUAACAGCUCUAUCACUAACAAGAUGUUACAGAGCAGAGCUGUAUUUGAAAGCAUUGUUACUCAUCCAAGCUUUGAGAAGAUGAACUGCCUUUUGCUUCUAAGCAAGUUUGAUUUGUUUGUGAAAAAGAUAGCACGGGUACCGCUAACUCAGUGCGACUGGUUUGAUGAUUUUAAGCCAUUGCUUAGCUAUGCUCUGGGUCAACCAGCAUAUGAGUACGUAGCAGUGAAGUUCAAGAGGCUCUACUCCUCUCUAACCGACAAGAAAUUGUAUGUUUCUCUGGUGGAGGAUUUUGAGCCUGAUUCCGUAAUUGGAGCCCUUAAAUAUUCAACAGAGUUUAUUUUAAAAUGGGACAAUUUGAUAGACAAUUGCUAUUUGUCAAUUCAAGAUUAUUCCAUUUGUUCAUCGAUGACAUCAGGCCCGCCCCCUCGGUGUGAAAUUGUGAAUACCGUUUGAGUGAAUGUGCUAUUAACUCACUAAUGUUUAACCAAAAUAGCUUGCGGACUCACCCUUGAUCAAACAAUAGAAACCCCACUACAGAGUGACUAUGAGCAGCCACCCACUUCGAACACCCACCCCCCAAUCAGUUGCAAUUUUUUUAAAUUCACUUAUUUAUUUUUAUUUUAGAAAUAAUUUAAUCAUGGGCAAAAUGGGGUUUUAGGUGAACGUAAGGGGUGAAAAAAUAAGAAGAAGAAGAAGAAGAAGAUGGGAGACUUGAUAAACAAGCUAUUGUAAGAACUGGUCAACUUAAUGGUCCUAGACCUCCUAGCUUGUAUUUUAUUUCAUUUCAAAGAAGAAAGCUCAUUGGUUACCUAAGUCUUGGUCAUUGUCUCACUGGUCUUUCUCCUCCAUUUUCCAUGAGGAGAGCUCUCUGCUCUCUUUCUCGCUCCAUUGUCGUUAAUUCUUUGUAUCCCAUAUUGAUUGAAGAACUGGAGCUUCAGGACUCGGUAGUGAUCGAUUAGAAGAAGAAGUUACUUACCACG